AUGUCAUUUUCAAAUCUUCCGUCGUUUUUACUUGUCGUCUUGUUGGAAAGUUUGUUAGGAAUAGCUACGGUGCAUUCCCAGUGUAUUACGACAUUGAAGCUAGAUGCAUUCACGUCAAAAGUCGAGCCACUUGACUAUCCAAUUGGGCAUCAUGUCACCUAUGAGAAAAAUUCCAAUUGCAAGUGGCUAAUAUCUGCACCACAGUCGUAUUGCAUAAGGUUCAAUUUUACAAUGCUAUCCACCGAAUCAGGUUAUGACCCUGACAUAAUUACUGUCUAUGAUGGUCAGACUGCGAGUGACAGACAAAUCGUCAAAUCUGAUUCAGACGUCUAUGUGGGUGAUGGCUUCACUCUGCAAUAUCAAGCUGUUCCCAAUUCAUACUGUGGGAAAAAGGAAAAUGAAAAACAUAAUCGUCAUGUCACAAUAAACAUCAAGGGUAAUAAUGAACAGGCAUACUGGCUUGCAUAUUACUACUUUUGUGUUUGCUUCCCUCUUUUCUCUUUUUGCCCAUUAUAAUUAUCGGGAUUCAGCUGCUUAUACUUUAUUUCACUUUUAAUAAAAGUAAUGUCAGAAGAGGACAUACUGAAGCUAGUCGUCGUUCGUCACUUCUCUCCUGUCAUUCGUUCAAAAGUUUUCUCACGAUUUCGAAAUGUCAUUGCCGUCUUUCGACACGAAUUUCGAGUUUUGAAAGAGCAUUUCUUAAGACUGACGAAUUUAGAAAAGAACCAUUGAGACAAAUAAAUGAAUGUAUGAGGUUUAUACCUUUCUGCUUUGUAUCAUAAUAUUUAUGCUGUCAGUAUAAUUAAAGAUAGGUGGUUCAAGUCUAUCUGUAUUUUGAGAAUAAGCUUGUUGAAUAUCACGAAAGAAUAUGUCUGUUGUAGAACCAUCCACACCGAUAUGAUGAAAGUUGAAGAUGAGGAUAUCAGAUGGCAACAACAGCUCUUCGUUAUUAUUUGACGAAGAUCGUUUAAUUGUGUGACAUCGAAAUAUCUGUUCUUUGGUCAAAUCAGAAUGUGAAGGAUUUGUUUCUUCAUCGUAAAGAAUCGCUUCGAGAUCUUUCUCAUCAUUAAGUUUUGUUGUUGCAAUCAUUUCUAAUACAGAUGAAUUGAGGUCAAGAAUUUGUUAUCGCAGAACACCGCUAUUCUCAUCGACUAGAAGACGACUGCGAGGCACAUUGUGCUUUUCGAUAACAGCAUGAAGUGUUCGUUGCAAAUGCAUUAGUGAGAUGGGAUCCCCACCAAUUUCAGAGGCUAAUGGAACAUGGUAAGAGGCAAUAUUCAUACUGGUAGUACCGCAAAAUCGAACUCUUUCGUGAAGAAUGAGUCUAGUCUGGGCGAAUGACGUAGGAGCUGCGCAGAACACGAGAAGAAGACACUGUGGCCAAUAUAUAUCAUCACACCUCACCUUCGACUAUGUUGAGUGACUGCCAGUCGGAUUGCAUGGUCGCCAGAUAGAGUGUGGGUGUGGGUGUGGGUGUGGCUGUGGGUGUGGGUGUGGGUGUGGGUGUGGGUGUGGGUGUGGGUGUGGGUGUGGGUGUGGAUGUUAAGAAAAAGUUAUAUCCACACCCACCCCACACCCACACACCCACACCCACACCCACACCCAC